GCUCCUGGCUUCCGGAGGGGAGGGAGGACAGGAACAAGAUCCCGAUCUAUGGGAAACAAAAGAAAGUAGUUUGGAGAAUUUAUUAGCAAACACCAUCUGAACGUAAUGAAAACUAUUUUGGUAUUUCCAGUGCUUUAGAUCCUUGGCUUGGAUUGUGAAGGAAGCAAAGGGAAAGGACAUAAAAUGCAUCACAAGAGGCAGAGGAAAGGAAUAGGAGAUAAAUUUACCCUGUCUUUUCCCUUUUCUGCAGCCUCCCUUCAAAGCCUAGUCUUUCUCAACUGUGCAUCUGCACCACUCUGGUAUUCUCAUGUGUCUCUUCUUUCACUGGUCUCCAGGAGAAUGGCUUCCUAGUGAUCUGAGAAGAAAUGGAAUCUGCUCUCUGGAGUAGAAGCGGCUACCAGUGAGCCAGUUUGCUGACGCCAGUCAUGGCUGCAACAAUGAGUCCCCAGGCGUACCCAUCCCCAAGUGAGGACUCCACAGAGGGACAGCAGUCAGCCCUUCCCAGCAAUGGCUCUGACUCUGAAACUUCCCGCCAACACUUCAGGCACUAAUGCUCCCAGGAGGUAGCUGGCCCCCAUGAAGGAUUUAGCAAGCUCUGGGAACUCUGCUGUCAGUGGCAAAGACUAAGACACACUCAAAAGAGCAAAUACUGGAGCUGCUGGUUUUGGAGCAGUUUCUCACCAUCUUGCCACAGGAGAUCCAGACCUGGGUGAGGGAGCAACAUACAGAAAAUGGUGAGGAAGCUGUGGCUCUAGUUGAGGAUGUACAGAGUGCGUCUGGGCAACAGAGUCCAGCAUGUUUCUGUUCUCUCAGGUCUUGAGAUCACGAAUGGAACUAAAAACGAGAAUCGAAAAUGGGAAGAUCCAGAGGAGGCAGAAGUGAAGAAGGCCCUUUGGAGAAAGUCUAGUGGCCUUUUUUGCCACCCUGAGACCAAGAGAGACAGGAAGGGUGAGCCUAUGCCGAGAGAGCCACAGAGACGUUCUCCAGAUGAGCGUGAGGGGACGGCCCCGUCCCAGGACGGCCGUCAGCAGACACUCUGUGCUGGAGAGAAGGCCCGAGCAAAUCUGAGCAGAGAAACCUGCUCUCAGGGAUCUGUCUGUCGCCACCAGCCAGGCGCCAAACUGGAAAAAGCUUCUAAGUGUCAGGAAUGGGGGAAAAGCUUUAGCCGAGGUCCUUACCUUGUUGGGCAUCGGAGAAUCCACACGGGAGAAAAGCCGGACAAGUGCGGCGAAUGCGGGAAAGGCUUCAGCGAGCGCUCCGACCUCACUGCCCACCUAAGGAUGCACAUGGGGGAGAGACCCUACCGCUGUGGGCAGCGUGGGAAAAGCUUCAACCAGAGGUCCGGCCUCAGUGUCCACCGGAGGACCCACACCGGGGAGAAGCCUUACCGGGGCACCGUCUGUGGGAAGAGCUUCAACAACAGCUCCCGGCUCAGCGCUCACGGGCGAGCCCACGCCCGGCGGAGCCCCCACCCGUGUGUACAGCGUGGGAGAAGCUUCGGCAGCGGCUCCCACUCCAGUGGCCACCAGAAAACGCACACCGGGGAGAAGCCUCACAACUGCUCGUGUGAGAGAAGCUUCGCUAAGCUCCGUGCCCCCAUCUGCCAUCAGGGGGCACACGAGGACGACACCUCACAUCGCCAGGAAGGGACACACGGUACGGGGCUGGAGAGCCAACAGGCCAAUUCCUCCCGUGUCACCGUGGACUUCCAUCUGCUCUCAAGAAAGGGGGCUGCGGGGUCCAAAGUCCUGCCAGAAAUCGAGGGAACGUCUACCUCCGAGUCGAUCACUGCUGUGUAUCCCAGUCACCCAGAGAAGACGGCAAUGGCUCAGGCCACCAGGUACUACUACUCUAAGUGA